AGGCGGUAGAUUUCGAUUGCAAAACGGGAACCCUAAGAAGGUUGUCCCCGAAUUCAGCAGAACCAUAGAAGAUUGUGUCUGAUUCUUGCAAUCGAGAAGAGAACAUGAACAUGAGAAGCCAAAUAGAGAGGUACGAGAAAUUGGGGCUGAGAGAGUCUCUCCCAAAAAUCUACAGAUACCCGAUUGCGUGCAGAGAAAUUGGGUUCAUUCUAAGGGAGGCUUACAUUCAAUUCCCAAAGAAUUUGCAAUCCAUCAUCUUCCAUGACACUCUCGCCGCCUUUCGCCUCCUUCCUCAAAUACAGACUCAGAGUGCCGUUUCUGCAGCCCAUUUCCUUCUUCAGAGUGUAGAGGCUGCACUGCCAAAGCAAAAAAGGAAUAUGGCUGUAAAAGAAUUUAAGCUCGCCAUGGUUGCUCAUAAGAGGCGCAGCAAACCUCAGCAUCAGGAAGAAAAAGAUUCGUUCCAACUGCCGCAUGAUGUUCUGGUGCACAUUUUCAGUUUUCUCGAUAUGCAAUCUUUGGUCUCGGUGGGGUUAGUCUGCGGGUCAUGGAACUUAGCUGCAAAUGAUAAUCAUCUGUGGGAGUUGCAGUAUGUUGUGCUAUAUGGCAAUGCUGCUAAACAGCAGCUUAUAAAUAGGGUUGAAGAUCGUAAUAAGAGGCAUCUGCAGGAUCUCACAGAUACAAAAAGCAUUACUGACUGGAAAGAGGCAGUCAAUAGAGCAUACACGGUCUACUCCGAUGCAGGAGCAUUGGCAAAGAAAUUAACAACCAAUCGCGGAUACUGUGUAAACUGCAGAACAGUAGUUUGGCUAAAUAACUCAAAAUGCCCCAAUGUACAUAGCGGAAUGAUCUCCGAAGUUCAGGAAAUCAAGCCUGUAACACCAUUCCAGGUUGUGGAAUAUGUUAUUGAUGAUUCUCUAUCCUUGACAUCUUCCUCAGACAGUGAUAGUGAUUCAGAAGGAGGACCAGUUUCUAGGUUAUGGGCAUUGCCAAAGAUGUAAGAAAAUACAAGUUCAUAGACUUGGCCAUUGGAGGGUGCCUUUAGAUCAUUGAAAGAGAGAUAUUAGCGGGAAGAUUUUUGGCAUGAAACACCGUCAGCCUUGGUCUAUGAGGUUCAACCAAUUUGAUCCAAAGAAGUGCCAAUGGGGUUGCUGAUGCUCUUGCCACACGAGGUGAAGAGUCGAAUUAUGGCAACUUGGCAAGUGAUGGCUCGAGAUGAUGAAUUUUGUCAGCUAAUAGUUAACGAAUUAUGAGAAGUUAAAAGCUGAGAAUAGUUAGCUAUUUUGACUUUUUAAUUAAAUAAUUAUUUAAAAAAUUUUAAUUAUCAACUAUGAAAAGACAACUAAAAAUGUAAUUUUUGUAUCUAUUAAAAGAUCUAAAAUAUUCCAAAUACAA